AUGCUAGCAUGGCGGAAGAUCCACUGCGCCGAAAGAGAGGAUCUACCUUGUUUGGCGCAGCACAAACAAAUCAUUAGCCGAAACUCUAUAUCCAACCAACCGAUCAUAGGACUCACUAACAUUAGUAUUUCAAUUCCAAACAUUGAAGCUAAUAGUAACUCCGACAGAGACACCUAUAAGAAACCUUCAUGCGACAAAUGCUUCAAACUGGUUUGUGACCCUAAGCCACCCUCAAAGGCACCCCCACCCAUGCGGCAAGCAGGCAGGUUCCAUCGAGAGAAACACUUCCUGCUCACCUCGCACAUUACAAGAGCAGCACUUGACUGA